GCACGCAAAUUCCCCAAUGGGUGGAGUUUGACCAGUUCUUUGAAUUUCUCACCCUUGGGUCUGCCUGGAGAGGUCUAAAACGUCUCAAACUGGCCCUGAGAGCUAUUGGAAGCUGAGGACCGUAUCUAGAUCUGAGCAGAACUGUUUGUAAUGGAGCCCUCACCUCUUGAGCCGCCAGCAGAUGCCUUGCAACGUAUUGCAACUGAACUCAAAUGUCACCCAACAGAUGAGCAGGUAGCUCUCCGCUUGGAUGAGGAAGAUAAACUGAGGCACUUCAGGGAGUGUUUCUAUAUCCCCAAAAUGAGGGAUCUGCCCUCAAUUGAUUUAUCCUUAGUGAAUAAGGAUGAAAAUGCCAUCUAUUUCUUGGGAAAUUCUCUUGGCCUUCAACCAAAAAUGGUUAAAACAUAUCUGGAAGAAGAGCUAGAUAAGUGGGCCAAAAUGGGAGCCUAUGGUCAUGAUGUAGGGAAACGCCCUUGGAUUAUAGGGGAUGAGAGCAUUGUAGGCCUUAUGAAGGACAUUGUAGGAGCCCAUGAGAAAGAAAUAGCUCUAAUGAAUGCUUUAACUGUUAAUUUACAUCUCCUAUUGUUAUCAUUUUUUAAACCUACACCAAAGCGGUUUAAAAUUCUUCUAGAAGCCAAAGCCUUCCCUUCUGAUCAUUAUGCUAUUGAGUCACAGCUUCAAUUACAUGGACUUAAUGUUGAGAAAAGUAUGCGGAUGAUAAAGCCAAGAGAGGGAGAAGAAACCCUAAGGAUGGAGGAUAUACUUGACGUUAUUGAGAAGGAAGGAGACUCUAUUGCAGUGAUUAUGUUCAGCGGGCUACAUUUUUACACUGGGCAGCUCUUUAACAUACCUGCCAUUACAAAAGCCGGACAAGCAAAGGGUUGUUUUGUUGGCUUUGAUCUAGCACAUGCAGUUGGAAAUGUUGAACUCCACUUACAUGACUGGGGAGUUGACUUUGCCUGCUGGUGUUCCUACAAGUAUUUAAAUUCAGGGGCUGGAGGUCUUGCUGGUGCCUUUAUCCAUGAAAAACAUGCCCAUACAAUUAAACCUACGUUAGUGGGAUGGUUCGGCCAUGAACUCAAUACCAGAUUUAAAAUGGAUAACAAACUGCAGUUAAUUCCUGGGGUCAACGGAUUCCGAAUUUCCAAUCCUCCCAUUCUGUUGGUCUGUUCCUUGCAUGCUAGUUUAGAGAUCUUUAAGCAAGCAACUAUGAGAGCACUGAGGAGAAAAUCCAUUUUGUUAACUGGUUAUCUGGAAUACAUGAUCAAACAUUACUACAGCAAAGAAAACAUAGACACCAAAAGACCAAUUGUGAACAUAAUUACUCCAUCCGGUGUAGAGGACCGGGGCUGCCAGCUGACACUAAGCUUUUCUAUUUCCAAGACAAGUGUUUUUGAAGAACUAGAAAAAAGAGGAGUCGUUGUAAGUUGUGACAAGCGAGAGCCAGACGGCAUCCGCGUGGCUCCGGUUCCUCUCUAUAAUUCUUUCCAUGAUGUUUACAAGUUCAUCAAGCUGCUCACUUCUGUACUUGACUCUGCAGAAACAAAAACCAGCAAUAUUUUCUAGAAUAACUCAAGCAAACCUCAACGAAAGCUGCUAUAGUUAUUUUACUACUAUUCAGUUUUGGUUAUUAAAAAGUAUUUCAAAAUUGAUUACAUGUAACUGGUAAGAGUUGUAUAUAUUUAGAAAAGCACUUGAGAGCUUUAAAAAUGUCUAGUCUACAAGGGAAUAUAUAUCCCUAGCGAUCCAGCUUCUUAGAGAUUGGGGAGUCAAAGUUGACAUGGGCCCAACCUGUAGGUUCACAGUUUUGUUGAGUUGUCAUGUUUCAUGGUCAUGGAAGGGUUUUCUGUUUGUUUAAUUUGUAAUUGAGCUGUCAACUUCAUAAUGUGUGUGGACUGCUUCUAUCAGUAUUGAAAACAUCACUUUAGUUUUAAUUUACCAAAGAGUUUUUCUUUAAGAACUAUCUGGUAUAUGUAUGAUCAUAUGAUGUUCCAUUCAAUUCCAGAAAAGAAAGCACAUUUUCUAAGGUGGUGGUUGUUAAAUUUUUUUACUGUAAUAUAUAGACACAUAUAUUUAAUCAGAAAAACCAUUAUUUAUGUGUACAGAUGACAUAUUCCAGUGAUUCUCAGGCACUGUGUCACAUUUUAAGUUCUUGGGAAAAAAUGUAAUCUUUCCAUUUUCAAUAAAUAAUUUCUUACAAUCUC